AUGUUGUCUUUCCUUUUUUUUCAGUUUUUUCUGCUCCCUCAGUUUAGGGUUUAAGAGGUGUAAGUUGUAAAUAAACAGGAAGACGAAAAAGAUUAUUAAAAAUAAUAAUACGAAAAAGGAAGAAUUUUGGAAACCACUGAAUCAGAACUCAGAAGCAGAGGGCUUGAUUUCAGUAGGUGGCUAACAAUGUUACCAAGAUGGAGCCGAGCUGCUAUUCGUCUCUACAAGCUUGGGUCACAGAACAACAUGGAGCUCAGAAAAGAUUUCUGUUUUGUUGCUAGCCGAAGCUAUGCAAAGGUUGCCGCGGCUGCUGAUGAUUCCACAGAAAAAAAUUUCUCCAGAAAACCCGAGGUAUAUUUUAACAAAAUGUUCUGGUCAAAGCCUUGUUCUUUGGCUUUGGCCCAAGAUUCCCCUUUAAGAGUUGAAGAGCCAAAGUAUGAGGGUAUCCGACAUAUUAUAUUUAAAAUGCUGCUGUUUUAUAGUAAACAAAGCAAGUCUAUUCGAGGGGCAAAUGUGGUAUACCGGAGAAUUGCUUCACAAGUUGAUAAACCUGCCAUAUAUAAUGCAUUUAACUUGGAGAAAACCUUUAAAACAACAUUUUCUCUGCUUAUACUUCAUAUGUGGCUUUGCUUACGCCGCUUGAAAGAAGAUGGAAAGGAAGGUGUUGAAUUUGGGCAAUACUUGUACGAGAUUUAUAAUCAUGAUGUAGAGCUGAGGGUGUCGAAGGCUGGGGUUAACUUACUACUGACUAGAUGGAUGAAGGACUUGGAAAAGAUUUUCUAUGGAAAUAUUGUCGCUUAUGAUGCUGCAAUGCUCCCGGAAGCUAGACCUGAUGAGCUGCCUAAUGUGAUAUGGAAGAAUAUCUUUUCUGAUGAUGGUUUAUCAAAGCCAAAUGAUGCUGCCGCAGGUGCAGUCCAGGCUAUGGCAAGGUAUGCUCGUCGGGAAUGUAGUUGCCUAUCCUUAACAGACAAGGAGUCCAUCUUCUCCGGGAACUUCACGUUCUCUUCAUUAGAGAACCCAAAAUCUGAUUCAGUGAGAGGAUAAAACUGAACAGGCCUAGGUGAGCCAUUAUCAACAUUUGAGUUUUGAUGGUGCUGAAUGUGCCACAAUAUUUCUGGGAAAAUAUUCAUAACUCCAUAUCUUAUAGGGCAACUCGUAAGGCCAUUGCAUCAUGGGAGAAGGAACUGCUCUAUUAUAUUGCUUUUUUUUUUCUCCUUUAAAUUUUUCCCCAAUAAAAGUAGCAAUUGUAUGGUUCUGAUGGAUUCAAAACGUGAAGAGAUUUUGAUGUUAUUUAAACCAGUGACUGGUUUUUGGAUAUGGAGUCAACCCCAUUUCAUUUCCAAUGCCACUUACGUCAUUUGAUGCAAGACGUGGUUUUGCUUGCAAAAGGUAUUUGACUAGGAAUUUUUUUUCUAUAUAUUAAAAAUGAACCUCUCUCUCUUGUGUACA